AUGAUCAAAGAACUUGCGGGUCUACUAUCAAAUAAAGCUGCAACUGCUGAGGAGUGGUCAAGGGUACUACAGCAGCUCAAUGAAAAUGAAGGACCUUGGUAUGAGAUCUUGUAUGGAAUCAAUAGGCAUUUGCCCCUCUAUUUGAGGCGAUGUCUCUUCUAUUUUGUGCUGUUUCCUGAAGACUUUGAGGUCCCUGCAAGAAGAUUAAUUGGCUUGUGGGUUGCAGAGGGCUUAGGACGUCAGAAGGGAGAUCAGGAACCUCCAGAAUGUGUUUCAGAGAAAUGCUUCAUAGAGCUAGUAAACCAGAACAUGAUCCAAGUGACAAAGAAGAAGAUGAAUGGAAAAAUUAGCAGAUGUCGCUUGCCUGAUGCACUGCGAGUUCACUGGCUCCCAAAAGCUAGGGAAGCAAACUUUCUUCAGGAUAACAUGGGGAUCAAUUUGUCUAUGAACAACACGAGCGUAAUACGCCGAUUAGCUGACCAUCUUGACCAUAAGGAUGCUAGCUUCGACCAUAUCCAUGGUAACCGUAUUAGUUCUUCUGUAUACUCUUCUUAUCGUAAUGUUGUUUCUUUUUUGUCCUUUGAUACUCAAGAAGAAAGCAGGGCUGGGGAGGACAUAGAAAACUUUCUCGAACGAUGCAUCUCUAGUGGUUCCUUUUAUUUCCUGUGGGUGCUAGAUCUUGAAAAUGUACACAAGCCAAAAUUGCCCAAGGCUGUAAGUCAGCUCACUCGAUUGAGAUACCUUGGUUUGAGGUCAACUUACAUGGAGACACUUCCUGUGUUCAUUGACAAACUAUUAAACCUUCAAUCACUAGAUUUGAAGCGUACAUGCAUUAAUACUGUCCCAAAUUCAAUCUGGAAGAUGCAGAGCCUAAGACAGCUGUUUCUAGAUGAGAGUUUUUGCACCGUGUUUGACCCUCGACAAGAGGACAGCUCUCUAGUGGACCUUCAAACUCUUUGGCGUGCAUUUGUAGAUGAGACUAGUCCGGUAAGAAAUGGCCUGGAUAGAUUGUCAAAGCUUACAAAGUUGGGACUAAAGUGCAAGUCAUCAGUUUCAUUUCAAAAUGAGGCAAUGUCCUCACAGCUGGUAGCAGUGGCGAACUGGGUGACGAAGAUGAAACAUCUUCAGUAUUUGAGAUUGAAAUCAUUUGAUGAAUCAGGUCAACCUUGGGAUCUGUACUUGGAGUCACUAUUAGACCACAAGGAUCUCUACAGCGUAUAUUUGGUCGGAAGGCUGAAAAACCAGCAUCUUGUAUCUGAGUAUCCUCUGAACCUGAUUGAACUCACCUUAUCUGCAUCUGAAAUAGCAAAGGAUCCUAUGCAAACCUUGGACAAGCUUCCAAACCUCAGAAUUCUGAAAUUGUUGUCUAGAUCCUUUACAGGAAAGAAAAUGGUUUCCAGAUCUGGUGGUUUCGCCAAGCUUGAAAUCCUCAAAUUCUGGGAGCUGGAAGCUCUGGAGGAAUGGAAUGUGGAGGAAGGAGCAUUGUGCGGCCUGAAAGACUUGGAGAUCAGAUCCUGCAGAAAUUUAAAGAUGCUUCCGGAUGGACUGAAGCUGAUUAGGACUCUCCGAGAAUUAAAAUUAACAAGAAAAAUUUGA